AUGGCGGCCGGGACGCCGCGGGCCUCCCCCGGGCCCGGCGGGCAGCGGCGGGCUGAGGUAGUGUGGCCCGAGGCACAGGCCAGCCCUAGCACCAUGGAGGAGGCCCCCGGUGCUGCAGCAGAGGGAUCUGGGGUGGAAUUCGGCUCCACUGAGCGGGAUGUAGUCAGAGUUCCGUCGCAUCUUGCUACGGAGGCAAUAGAGGCAGAGAAUGGGAACGACAAUGAAGAGGAGGAGUCUGUUCCUCUGGAGGACCAAGAAGAGACAUUUCCCCCAGCAGAAAGAGGAGUCCCUGGAGCUACAGAGCUGUUGGAAAAAUCUCCUGAGACUUUCUCGGACAAAGUAGAACUUGAGAGUUGUCCACCUGAAUUGGGUGACAUGGAGCAGCCAGUAACAGAGAGAGGAAACCCUUCCCACGCAUCUUCAGGAGCUCCUCUGCAGGCAUCUGCAUUGUCGGUGGAGUUGAACAGCUGCACAGAGUCAGAGUCUGCCUUUGAGCAAUUCGGUCAGCUUACUAGUGAGCAUGGUGACCAAAGAUGGGAAGAGGAACGCCAGCAGCAUGGAGCUGAGGAACAUGAAAUAAGCAGAAGAAGUGAGGAAACCGUAGAAGAAACAGAACUGGUUGUCUUGGAUCCAGAACAUCCUCUGAUGAGAAGAUUCCAGGCUGCCCUGAAGAAUUACCUUACUAAGCAGAUUGAAAAAGUGAACCUAGAGCUUCAGGAACUGAGGACAGCAACGAAGAAGGGCAAAGUACAGAGAGAAGAGCUCGGGGUGAUUCUUUACGGAGCGCAGCAGCAGCUGGCCCAUCUGCAGACGGAACUGGAGAAGAGCCACGACCGCCGUUCUCAGAUGGCCACAGUGCGUCGGCAGCUGGAAGAGGAACUGGAGGGCCUCAGGCUUACUUACAAGAAAAUGUGUCAGAACACAGACGAUGAACGGAAGAAAGUUUCUGCAAUGCAGACCCAGGUUGAAAACCUGGCCUUGCAUCUCUUCUACAUGCAGAAUAUGGACCAGGAUAUGCGUCAUAAUAUUUUACUAAUGAAACAGUCGACAAAGAAGGCUGAGGCAGAGAAGGUUCAGGCUGAGGUGGAAAAGAAAAAACAGGAUCUUCUACUAGACCGCUUAACGAGAAAAGCCUAUGAACUACAAGAACAGAUUGCUCUGUUUGAAGCUCAGUUUGUGGCCCAGGCAGAGGACACAAAAGUAACUCGGCAAGCAGUAAAUGAGGCUUCUAUGGAGGUACAGGCUAUUAACAUGGAGAAAAAGCGAUUGAUGAGCCACUGGAAUAGCAGCUUGGCUGGAAUGAAGCAAAGAGAUGAGGCCUAUAUUGCCACGCAAGAGUUGCUGAGCAAGUACAGGCAUGACCUCAAGUCCCUAGAAACAGACAUCCAUGGCUGCAGAAAGUCGAUCAGGAAGGAGGAGGAGAAGAAUGAGUUGCUUGUCACCAUCCUGAACCGUUCACAGAACGAUGCCAACAUGACAAAGAAACUGAUUGCCCAGUGCCUUUCAAGGCAGGAGGCCUUGAAGGUUGAAUCUGGCACCUACGCUCGCGUUCUCCAUGAGACAGAGCAGGCCCUCAACAGGACCAAGAUGGAUCAAGCCGCUCGUCUGAAUGAGUUGCUGUCCAUCAGUAAGGAUAUAGAGAAAGGAACUGCUGCCAAAGAGCAGAUGGAGAAUGAAAUCGUGGCAAAGCUUCAGGACCAGAUGAUGUCCAGCAAAGCCACAAAGCACUUCUCACAGCUGGCUGCAAAACUUCACAGGAGAAAAACGGAUCUGGAGCUGCAUUUUUCCAAGGUUGAGAAUGAUAUGGCCCAGGUUAUUCUGAAUGCAACUCAUACCAACUGCAGGCUGACAAUUCUCCAGAAAACACUUUGUGAGCUGGACAAGGAAAGAAAAAAUAUCCAUGAUCUGAUCAGCCACAAGGAAAGUGAGAUUGCAAAGUGCAAUCUCCUGACCGAGAACAAGCAAGGGGUCAUCAGCCAGUACAACAAGAGGUUGGAGAUGAUUCUUUCUCAGCAGGGGGGGCAAGAAUUGGGACCAUUGGAAAUUGAGAUCAACAAGCUGACCAAGCAGACAGAAGAAUAUAAUUCUGAGGUGAUGACACUACAGAAGUACUGGCUCAAUCUGCAGAAAGAGCUGGUCAAGUUAACACACGAACGGGAGGAACAAAUAGCCUCCUUGGAUAUGUUAAAGAAACAGAUCACCAUAAUGCAGCAGAAGAAAGUGCGCACUGAAAAUGAAAUUCAGCAGGAAACAAAAGAACAGAAAGACAUUGAACGUCACAUGAGGAACAUGUCAAAUGACUUGAUAAAGUUGAAUGUGUUGAUCAACAAGAACAACAACAGCUUCGAGGAGCUGCAAUAUGGCAACAUUAUCACAGAGAACGAGUUUGUACGCUCUCUCAAGGCAGCAGAAAAAGAAUCAGUUGAGAUGCAGGAGAGGCACAGUCAAUUGACUGAGGAGAAGGAAAGACUCCUAAACAGCCUGGUGGAAGCAGAGCAUCAAAUCAUGCUAUGGGAGAAGAAGAUCCAGCUGACAAAAGAGAUGCGUGCAGCGGUGGAUUCUGAGACGGGACAAGGCGACAUCCAAGCCAUGAGAACAGAGAUUCAUAGGAUGCAAGUCCGCUAUGGCCAGCUGAUGAAGCAGCAGGAGAAGAUGAUUCGUGAUAUGGAGGCAUCUGUUUCUCGUAGAGAGGCAAUAGCAAUUUAUGGAGAGGGUCAGAACAAAACAGAUAAGAAACGUAUCACCAAGAGCGACUUCCACCGCAAGAGACUGGAGCUGAGAAAGAAGAUCAGCGAAACCCAGAAGAACGCUCAAGACUGCCACAAAACCAUCCUGGAGCUGGAGAGCACCCAAGCGUCCCUUAGUGCCACCUUCUCGGAAAAGCAGCAAGCGUUGCGCAGACUGCAGGCUGAGUCCGAUGGCCUCGAUUCGGACGCAGAAUGUCUUCGGAACGAGAAACGAUGGAACCUUUUGGAGAUCGUGGCCUACCAGACACGCCAGAAGCAUCUGCAGGCGCUGAAGGAAGGGAAGUACGCUCCCCUGUGCCGCACUGAACAAGCCUGGAGAAACGAGCAGCAGAAGCUGCAGGACCGGCUCCGCAGCAUUGAUGCUGUUGUCCGCCAGAUCCAGCAGGAACAUCCUCAGCACCAACGGGCUCUCCAGUGGCUCAGUCAGCGCUUGGAAUCCAGGCUGGGCUCGCAGGAGACACAGACAAAAUGCGUAUAAUCAUCUGGUCUUGUUCU